CCUUGCGGUAUUGCAUCCGUUAAAGCAAACUCUGCGCUGUCAGGGAAGAAAAGCAUAAAGAGCUAACACACCAAGUGGGAAAUAAGCACACAGUGCCAACAUUCACAUGGUGUUUUCCCUUAAUGUUGAAGCGUAAAACUACAUUGGGUAAAGAUUUGCAGGCUAGAGCAGCCCUUACCAGGAAAUUACAGACAUAUAAAGAGAAUAGUGCCUCUGUUUUCAUUCUGAACUACUUAUUUUAUAGCUAUAUUGUUACCAACUGCCCUCGCCAGAAAUAAAUAAUAAAUUUAUUAAAGAUUUAUUUUCAUUUUCUAUAACUAACUGAAUUAAAUUAAACAAAUUACAGCAGAUCUAAAGAUCUGGUUUCAUAUAAGAUGUCAGUCCUUUAGGUAAAAGUGCUGUGUUUUACUUAUUAUGUAUGGAGGUAAAGCACCACAUGACUAAACAGACAAUCUGUUGCUUCUGCCAGCUGGCAAACCUGUUUUAUACCCACAACAGGUUUAAAAGUAAACAGGAUGCAUCUGCCGUCGUCCUUACCUUUCAACAUCAUUAAAUAAGCGAGAAAGAAGUUCUUGGUACUGUUCGAGUUCCUUCUCCAGCUUCAGCUUGACAGACAGCAGGUUUUUGUUGGCGUCUAGCUGCAGCUCCACCUGCUCCCUCACGUCUCUGAGGUCCUGCUCCAGCCCAAGAACGAUCUUGUUGGAUGGCUCCAGGCGAUGACCAUACUCCAUUUUGAUGUUUCUCAGGGUUUGCUCCACAGUGCGCAGCUACCAAUGAAAAACAAACCUUAGGAAUACUCGAUAUUGGUCCUGAUAUUGAGAUUGUGUUGCAUUUCUUUUGUAAUGUACUGCAUUUGAACAGUCUUGUAUUCACUCUUGUGCGCUUACCUUGUUGUUCUUAGUCUCAAUCUGAAUUUUCAAAGUUUGCAUCUGCUUCUGGAGAUCUUUGAGCUCACUCUUUCCAGACUCCAAGGCCUCAUUGUUCUGGGCCUCUUCCACCUUGAUGGUUUCAAACUGGGGGAGAAAUAAUAUGAUGAAAAGAGUGAGAUAAACUGAGACAAGGAAGCACAUCAUUCCCAGCUCUAAUCCUCCAUACCUUCUCUUUGUACCAUUCUUCUGCCUCCUUCAGGUUCUUCUCAGCCACUUUGUCAUAAUGUCUGCGGACACUCUGGAUAACAUCACUCAGGUUGUUGUCCUGGGACUUAAUCUCCACCGUCACAUCUGAGUCCUUGAUCUUCUCAAGCAGAGAAUCAACCUCCUGCAAGACAAACACAAGUUACAAGUUUCACACGACACAGCACUGAGCGUGUGACUUUUAACAUGGUUUUCCUCCUUACUUUCUUGUGUUCACUCUUGAGACGCUCAAGCUCAUCAUUAACCAUUUUGAUCUCUUCCCUCGUCUGGUCGCAGGUCAGUUUGGUAUCAUCUUUGGCCCUCUUCAGAUUCUCCAGGUCCUUUUCUAAUUCUUUGCAUGCCUUAUUCUCAUCAUCCAGCCUGCAUCAACAGAACGAGCCUGGCUUCAAACUUUACAAACGCUACACAUGCUAUGUUGCUGUUACAAAGUGUCUUUUAUUUUCUGAGCCCUUGUCUGGACACAUUCACACUCACUUGUUCUUGAAGUCUUCAUUUGCCAGUUUGCUGUUAUCAAUCUGCAGCAGCAGCUUUGCAUUGUCAUCUGUGAUGUCUUUGAUCUGAUCAAAUGAGGAUGUGCAUUAAUAGUUAGAAUUUAAGAUUACAUUAAAGAAAGUAUAGUCAGACAUAUAUUUGCAUGUUAAUUCCAAGAAUGAAAGAAAGAAAGAAAUCUGACCCACCUCCCUUUUGAGGUUAUCCAGGGGUUGCAGGAUUUCAUCCCAAUCACGCCCCUCGGGUACUUUCCUCUUGGCCAGGAUGUCGUCGAUCUCUUUGUGCAGAUCGUUGUUCUCCUCCUGAAGCUGCUUCACUCUGUUCAGGUAGCCGGACAGCCGAUUGUUCAGGGUCCGCAGUGUCUGCUUGUCGUCACCGGGAGCGACGAGAGUUUCCGGGGCGCUCGGAGCCUGGGAGGCUACGGGCUUGGCAGCAGCUUUGUGGAUGGGAGCCGAAUCUUUUUCUGUCUGGUUGCCCAGCACUUUGCGCAGUCCAUCCAGGGUCGACACGGACGCCUUGGCACCCCUUCCCCCGGCUCCACCAAACAUGCUGGCAGCGCUGUUUGAAGGCAUGAUGAUCGUUGCUGGAUGAGAGAGUGAGAGAGAGCAGACACUGACACCGAGCGUCUAAGGCCGGACAGUCGCCUGAUGGAGGAUGCAGGUAGUUUUUAUACUUGUUUUUUCGCACGAAUCCGCCCCCCAGAGACGCCAUUGGCCCCGGUGCUCCUGGACAGACUGGUUUAGAGUCGAAAUUCAAGUAUUUCACGUUGACUUUUCCAUUUAAUAUCGCACUUGUCCUCUCGUGAUUGGACGCACUCAGAGUUUGGGGCAGGUGAGGGGUUGUACCUGUCCACCUAUAAAUAAAGGUGAUCUGCAGGGCUGCAGGCGCCUUCUCCCCUCACCUGUUCAGCCACACUCCAGCUCUAAGCUUCAAGCUUCAGUAUGUCCAAACCAAGAGACUACAGCAGCCAGUCCUACUCCCCCAGCAGCACGAAGCCGCUCAGAAGCGUCCCGACCGACUAUUCAUCGGGAAAAUCCAAGGAGAAGAACGACUUGGUUGGACUCAAUGACAAGUUCGUCGCGCUCAUUGAAAAGGUGAAAAACCUGGAGAAUGAGAAGAGACGACUUGAGACAAAGCUGAAGAUCCUCAGGGAGCAGGAGGACUACAACGGGAAGGUUGAGUAUCUUGUGAAGCAGCUGGAGAACGAGCUGGAGCAGCAGAUCGAAAGCUUGAAAUCCGACCAGGACAAACUGCAGCCUGAGCUGCAGGAGAUCCAGGACGAGGUGGACGAUACCAAGAAAAGGUAUGAAGACCAGUUGCACAAGAGAGGUGACCUUGAGAGCGACUUUAUUGUGUCUAAAAAGGAAGUAGACGAAGGCCAGUUGGAGGCAGUAGCUCUGGCUGUGGAUCUUGAGGACCUGAUGAGAACAAUGGCCUUCCUCAGGCUCGCAUUUGAUGAGGAGAUCAAGGAGCUGGAGUCACGCAUCCAGAACAAAACAGUGGUCCUACAGGACAACUCCAAACGCUCUCUGGACAUGGACCAAUUCAUCAAGGCCGUUGAGAAUCAAUAUGCUACCAUGGCUUCCCGCACCAGGGAAGAGGCUGAGCAGUGGAACCAGAGAAAAAUGGAAUCUCUGGUCCAAACUGUAGGAGAGCGCGAGCAAGAAGUGCGUGACAUAAAGAGGGAGAUUUCAGACUUGCUGCGUCUCAUCCAGAGGCUCACAGCAGACCUGGAGAGUCUCACAAGGAAGGAAGAGGCCCUCAUGAAUGACCUCGAUGAUGCUAGAAAAGAGGGUGAGGAAAAUCUCAACAAGGCCCGGGAAAAUAUCGCUCUGCUGGAAGAUUUUUUGAAGCGGGCCAGGCAGGACUUGGCUUCACUGAUCCGUGAUCACCAAGAGCUGCUGAACAUCAAGCUGGCCAUGGACAUCGAGAUCAACACCUACCGCAAGCUGCUGGAGGGCGAGGAGCAGAGAAUGAGCUGCCUAAUGCGCCAAUCAGACGUUCACCUGCCGCCGACACGAUACGUGCCAGCCAAACCGAAAGCCACCGAACCCACCCCUGUCCGGGAUAUCGCCAUCACCACGCCCACCAUUGCCCCGGACACCACUAUUGUCCCACCAGUGUCCCCUGCCACCAAGAAGUGCCUGUUGAUCCGGUUGGAAGUGGAAGAAGGCAAACUUGUGUCUGAAAGUUACCAGUACACUGACUGAUUGACUGGGACUGUCUGUCACGCUUCUGUCUGCAGCGUUAGAGUUUGUCAGCUCAGUCAGAGUCACCAAUGGGGCUUUAAGCCAGCUGACAUGGUGCCAGAAGAAGUGUGCCUGAGCUGGUCCAAUCCAUCACACGCCCAUAUCCGCAAACUGUGAAUCAACGUGAAUGAAAAUGUGAAACUAAUUCAAACAAAGUUAAAUUUAUUUAAAUUAAAUAUCCAGAUUUUUUUCAUUUGUUUUUUAUAUAUAAUAAUCUUUUUUAGUUUGUGUGCUUUCUGGAAGAGUGAGCAGUAACAGCAGCUUCCCGGCAGGUUGAACGUUCGCCUAAAAACUGUGCGUGAAUGUGUUCGUGUCAAGCAGUGUUUCUGGGAAUCUUUUCUUUUCUUUGUUCGUGUUCGCUUGUGGUGCUUUUUUGUUUUUUCUAUUUCUCUUAAACAUUUGUGAGCGAAAUAGGAAUCGGGCAGCUCUCUGUAAAAACACUGCAAAGGUUUCUCAGCGACAUCAGCAGCAAAAUAAGAAACUUGGAGGUUCAAAGGUGCAAUCAAAGGAGUGGAGAAGACAUAUAUGCAUAUGUUUCUUCAGCAGGGCUUGGAAUGGCUUUUCAUGACAACGUAAAAACAAAUCAGAAUAUUUCAGUGGUGCUGUAAGCUGUGCAUCUUUGCUGUAAGCUGUGCAUCUUUACUGUAAACUGUGCAUCUUUACACAGUGCUGCAAAGGGAUUGUUUUUCUUAUGUGUGUGGGACUUCUUACCUCAGCUUAUGCCAAAGUAAUUGCAAGUGACAUCUAUCAUUUGGGUGAAUGUGUGCAGCGCAAUAGCA